CGUUUUUCCCAGCGGAUGACCGAUUUCAGCUUCAAAGCAAAGUCCAGAGCUCAAAAACCUUUUGACUUUGAUCCCCGCACCUCCGGAGAGCCGAAGCCGAUCUUACCAUCGUCCACUCCGAUUCUCUUCGUCACCCCCGCCGUUACAAUGAUCCGAUUGCACGCGCUUCUGCUUCUGAUCUUGUCGUCCCUCUUGGCCACAUGCCGAUCGCUCCGGUUCGACCUGCAAUCGGGUCAUACCAAGUGCAUCACCGAGGACAUCAAGAGCAAUUCCAUGACCGUCGGCAAGUACAGCGUUGUGAACCCUAACGAAGGCCAUCCCAUGCCCGAGUCCCACAAGCUCACCGCCAGGGUGACGUCGACUUAUGGGAACAAUUAUCACUACGCGGACCAUGUGGAGUCGGGUCAGUUCGCGUUCACGGCCGCGGAGGCUGGGGAUUAUAUGGCCUGCUUCUGGACCCCAGAUCACCGGCCGCCGAACACAGUGACCGUUGAUUUUGAUUGGAAGACUGGUGUGGCUGCUAAGGACUGGGGCAGUGUUGCCAAGAAAGGCCAAGUUGAUCUCAUGGAACUGGAGCUGAAGAAGUUGCAUGACACGAUCAACUCCAUUCAUGAGGAGAUGUUCUAUCUUCGCGACAGGGAAGAAGAAAUGCAGGAACUCAACCGAGCGACCAACUCCAAAAUGGCGUGGCUGAGUUGCCUUUCGCUUUUUGUUUGCUUGUCUGUGGCUGGGUUGCAACUAUGGCACCUCAAGACAUUUUUCGAGAAAAAGAAGCUCAUCUAGAUAUAUCAGGAUGACAUUUCGCAAUUUUUGUUUUGUUUUUUGUUGAUCUCUGUAUCAUACAUACAUGGAGUUAGACAGUAUGUUGAAAAGAGGACCAAACAGGAGACUACAUUGCAAAAUACGUUUGGAAUUCCUGGAUAACCUAAACCGGCAUCAUACUACAAGGGGACUUCAUUGUGCCAUCCUGUAUAAUUGUAUUCCCAGGUCGGUAUUGAUGAAAAUAUUAUUGUCCUUCA